AGCAGUGGUGUGUUGGCAUUCUGGAGAAAAAUACAGACAUUUCAGCCGCUCUGUUUCCUCACGUACGUAAACCAGGGGACGUAUAAUGCCGAGGAACCUCGCCUAAAUAACUGUUUGUUUGUUUUUUUGACAUAAAGGAUAACUACAUUGGAGGAAGGAUGGGCAAGAAGGAUGCCGGUACUACCAAGUUACCAGUUGAUCAAUACAGAAAGCAGAUUGGCAAACAGGACUACAAAAAGACAAAAUCUGUCUUAAAGGCGACACGAUUGAAAGCUGAAGCAAAGAAAAAUUCCUCCGGAUUUAGGAAUGCAUUCCUGGUUAUUGCAGCGAUUUUGGUCUUUGUCUUCUGCGUUUACGCCUUCUUCUACCUGAACCUGAGCACAGAGAUCAACCUGGAUCUGGACAUGGAUUAACAAGUUCUGGACCGUAAACCAACGCCUUUGGUUCUUCCUUUUUUGGGCAAAAAAGUCAAAUAUGUGAAGUAAACGAUGCCUUUGCUAAUUUUUUAGUUACCACUCAUUCAGACCAAGAUAUAAUUUCCCUCACCUUUGGCUGUUUGAAUAUAGCAAACAGUGAUAUUCUACGCUUUAUAUGCAGUAAGGAGACUUUCACACUGUGGGGGGUAAACACAUCAAACGUUGCAGCUUCUUGGGUUUGGUUAAUUUUAUAAUUAUAAUAAUUACAUAGUUGCUGUUUAGCCUUCAACAGUUUUUUUUAUCCUCUUAAUUCAAAAGUAUUUUUGAAUUUGAAUGAAAUUUCAGUACUUAUACUCUGGAACACAAAUGUAUUGAUUAGUUUUUUUCUGGGCCAAUAAUUUUUUUCUGUGUGUGAUUCGGGUUUUUGAUUCUGACCAAUUUCUGUUUUUCGAAGGACUAAAACUCAAAACUUUUUGUUUCACCAACUGAAUGUAAAGUUUUUACAAAGCAAAUUUGUACAAGAAAUGUACAUUUAAAAAAAAUAUUUUAAUUAUCAUGCAUUCAAUUAAUAAAUUUCAGUAUUUGAACAAAUGACAGACCUAAUGAGAAGACUUCUAGUUGCUAUGCCGAUUAAUUGGUGCAUCACUUCUGCAAUAAAUCCCCUGAUAAAUCUUUAUACAGCAAAAACAAUGAGCUUCUUUUUACGCCUCUGAGCCGUGCCAGUCAUACCCCGCGCAGUCACGUCCCUUUGUUUUCCACCGCUAAUAGAAAAAUGUAAAUCUGCUGCAGCUACAGACAAACCCCUUCCUCACAUUCCAGUGCACAAAGCUUUCCUCGUGGAUAUCUUGAGAUCACAAAGUGUGAGAUUAGAAUCCACAAAGCCCUGGUCCUGAUUGAACAUGUGUGCAGAAUACAGAACGCCACAGUGCACCUGCUGCACACAGACAGGCCCGUUCAGGAGAUCUGCUGCAAAUCCAAUCCGGUUCUUUUAUUUAAAUAGAAAUUAAAGGCUUAAAGAGUGGAGCAGAGAACACAGGAUUGUUUUUCCCUUUCUAUUUGUAUUAAGAAAUAUGAAGGUUGUUCAGAACUUUUUUUCUCUCUUUGUUCAGCCAAGCCAUAAGAAGUGACCUUCUAUUUACUGUUUAAGCCCAAGUUCUCCUACUCUGUUUUAUUAGCAAGCAAGUGGACAGUUUUUCUUGAAAAAAUUAUUUUCUUCUCUUUUUUUACUUUUUUCUGUGAAACUUUUUUUUUUUUACAAAAGGCAAUACCAAAUACAUAAGCAGCUUCUCAUUUCUAGCCUUUUUUUUCUCUUCCCAAUUGAAUGAAGGUCUUAAAGUCUGAGUCUGAUUGUGUUCUGCUGCUGAAAUGCCUCGUGAAAUGUGAGACAGAUUUUCCAGCUCUCAGCUUGUGUUUUCUCCCACAACCUUGCGACCUCUUGUAAAUAGACUACAUGUCAAAGAAGCCAUUAUGAUUAGAACACACUCGUACCCUCAACCGUGGGCUUUUAUCACGCUUUGGUACAUCGGGACCCUCCUCCUCUUACACUGCGACUCGCUCACGUGUGUAACAAAGGAGAGCCGGGCCUAAUAGACCUUCAAACAUGACACCUGUUAUCUAAAAGCUCACCAUUACAGCUGCAAGAGCUCUGACAUCAGAAUAAUGGAAAGACUCUGUGCUUUUUUGUAUUGGCUCAGAUGAUAUGUUUAAUAUUUGUGUAAUGGUUUCUACUAUUGUUAAGCCUGUGAGAAGAGUGCAUGAACAUUACUGUUUUUUUUAAAGGGGUUUUGAAUACUUUGGAUUGUCUCAAAUUUUCUACUCUGGAAUGUAAAUUGAUCUGCUGUUAAAUUAAAAAAAAUACUGCCUUAUAAUCACAGUGUCAUAAAAUUGUUGAUUUUGUGUGAACUAAACCUCGUUUUUCUCCUGAAAUGUAAACCUUUGGUCCUAAACUUUUCCAGCUUAAACCUUGCAGAGCAUCAGCAAACUAACCAGACUGGAGUUUGUGGUAAAAGUAUUAAUUUAACUGCAGUAAUUAAAGCAAAGCUGUAUUUAAACUCA